AUGUCUGAAAAACCGACAGAUUACCUAGCCACUAAUGGUUUUGAAAGUAAAACACCAUUCCUGAUUGGCGUAGCCGGAGGUACAGCAAGUGGAAAGUCGACAGUGUGCCAGCGCAUCAUGGAGAAGCUGGGCCAACAGCACAAGGAGCAGACCGAGCGGCGCGUGGUCUGCAUCAGCCAGGACUCGUUCUACCGCACCCUGACGCCGUCGGAGCGGCUGAGGGCCGAGCGGGGCCAGUUCAACUUCGACCACCCGGACGCGUUCGACGACAAGAAACUGCUCGCCAUCUUGAAGGACAUCCUCGCCGGCAAGAGGGUGGAGGUGCCGGAGUACGACUACAUCACGAACUCGAUUAACCCGCACCGCUCGCACACGAUCUACCCGGCGGACGUGGUGCUCAUCGAGGGCAUCCUCGUGUUCUACUUCCCCGAAGUGCGCGAUCUGUUCCACAUGAAGCUGUUCGUCGACACCGACUCGGAUACGAGGCUCGCGAGGAGAGUGGCUAUUGACCUAAUCGUGCACCACAUAUGGGACAUUAUGUACAAGAAGCGACCGGCCCCGAAGCUCGCGAACGGCGGCUGCAACGGCGUCCACCUGGAGGUGGACGAGGGCAGCGGGCGGCGGAUGUCCGGCAGCUCGGAGGACACGCUCAGCCGA